AUGUGGUCGAAAAGGUUUACAUUAAAGAAACUGAUCUUGACCAGUUUUUUAUUCACUCAGGGGAUCCAUUGUGAAGACGAAAGCAACUCUCUAUACGGUACUUGGUCAUCUAAAUCGAACCAAGUCUUCACAGGACCAGGAUUUUAUGAUCCCGUAGACGAGCUAUUGAUAGAGCCCUCGUUGCCUGGCCUCAGUUACUCAUUCACUGAAGAUGGUUGGUAUGAAGAAGCUACUUAUCAAGUGAGUGGUAAUCCUCGUGACCCAACUUGCCCCAAGGCUUCUUUGAUUUAUCAACAUGGUACAUAUAAUAUUUCAGAAAACGGUACUCUAACUUUGAAUCCUAUUGAAGUGGACGGCAGACAAUUAUUCAGCGAUCCAUGUACUGAUCAAGGAGUCUCGACCUACUCUAGAUACAACCAAACAGAAAUAUUCAAAGAAUACAAUGUAGGUAUAGAUCCUUACCAUGGUAUUUACACUCUACAGUUAUACCAAUUUGACGGUACACCAAUGCAACCAUUGUACUUGGCUUAUAGGCCACCAAUGAUGCUGCCAACAGAAACAUUAAAUCCAACAUCGUCUGCAGUCAGCACUGACGAUGCAUCCUCCAAUAAGAAAAGAUCACUCAGAAGUUUAGUGAGAAGAAGCCUAGAAAACAGACACAAGACAAAUGCCGUUAAAAGAGAAAGUACCUCAUUUUUGACCUCCAAUGCCAUUUGGUAUAUUUCUGCAGGCAUGCUAGGUGUCGGUUCAUUAUUAUUUUUAGCAUUUUAG